GUUGAUGUGAAAGCUGAAACAGGUGCAAGUGUUAAUGCUCCUGUAUUGACUGCAAAAACCUUCACAGGACCAGUGACCAUUUAUGGCUCAAAUGCUGCGAGAAAUGGUAGAUGUACAUCACUAUGAAAAGACACAUUACUAAUUCUAACAUCUAAGUAAAAACACGUACUGCUAUAACCUCAUUGUAAUUUUAAUAGGACCCACAUGAUUUAGCACCAUUCUAAUGUUCCUCACAGAUCAACAGAAAACCUCAGAGACAGAAGAGAAAAACAGAGAAAUACAAGAGGUAUUAAAGCUGCAAAAAUUCCUGGAAACUCACAAAUUCAACAUGAGGAAGAAAACAGAACAUAUUUUCGAGGGCAACACUGAAAAUGAUGCAAAUCUCAAGGCUGUGUACACAGAACUGUUCAUCACAGAGGGAGAUAUGAAAGAUGUCAAUCACGAACAUGAGAUUCUGACGAUUGAUGAUGUUUUCAAGAACAAAAAAACACAUGACAAAUCAAUCAAAUGUAAUGAUAUAUUUACUGAACUGAGGAAAAACAAUGAGAAAAACAGUGAGAAAAAGACUGUGCUGACCAAGGGAGUCGCUGGCAUUGGAAAAACUGUCUCUGUGCAUAAGUUCAUCCUGGAUUGGGCAGAAGGAGAAGCCAAUCAGGAUAUAGACUGUGUGUUCCUGCUUUCAUUCCGAGAGAUUAACUUAAUUACAAAUGAAGAUUUCAGUCUCCAUGAGCUUCUGCUGGAAUUUUAUCCUGAACUGAAGGACCUGGAGAAAUCAAAGUUAUAUGAGAAAUGUAAGCUUGCAUUUAUAUUUGAUGGACUUGAUGAGAGUCGCCUGCCUCUGAAUUUUAAUACUAGAUCUCUGAACACUGUUGAGAAAAGAUCGUCUGUAGAUGUGCUGUUUACAAGUCUGGUCCAAGGUAAGCUGCUUCCAUCAGCUCUUGUGUGGGUGACAUCACGACCAGCAGCAGCCAAUCAGAUCCAUCCUCGGUAUGUGGGUUUGUUCACAGAAGUGCAAGGAUUCACUGACCAACAGAAGGAGGAGUACUUCAGAAAAAGAAUCAAAGAUGAGACUCAGGCCUCCAGAAUCAUCUCACACAUUAAGAUGUCUCGUAGUCUCUAUAUCAUGUGCCACAUUCCUGUGUUCUGCUGGAUCACGGCCACAGUUCUUCAGGAUGUUCUCAUUGAGAACAAUGCAGAGAACAUCAGCACAACACUCACUGAAAUGUACAUUCACUUCCUGCUGAUACAGAUGGAAAUAAAGAACCAGAAAUAUGAUGAACAAGAAGAAAGAGAAUGUACAGUGCACUUGCAUUUAAAUAGAAAGAUGAUUUUAAUGUUAGCCAAGUUAGCAUUUGAACAGCUGAAGAAGGAAAAUAUUGUGUUCUAUAAGGAAGAUCUGAAAGCUUGUGGUAUUGAUGCGGGUAAAGAAACUGAGUUCACAGGAAUGAUCGCUGAGAUCUUCAAAAGGGAACACAGAAUUCAUGGAGCAAAGAUUUUCUGCUUUGUGCAUCUGAGUGUUCAAGAGUUUCUUGCUGCAGUGCAUGUGUUCAUCUGUUACCUGAACAAAAACAUGCAGGAGCUUCAGUUUUUCUUUAAGCUGUCAGAACAAAAUAUCACUUUGCAGGAGCUACUGCAGAAGGCUGUUAAUAAAGCCAUGGAGAGUCAGAGAGGACAUCUGGACCUGUUCCUGAGGUUUCUGCUGGGAAUUUCACUGGAAUCCAGUCAAAACCUGCUUAAAGGUCUGAUCACACACACUGAAGACACAACAGAGAGCAUAACAAAAAUAACUGAAUACAUUAAGCAAGAACAAAAUAAGUACACUAUCUCAGGUGAGGCUUCAGUCAACCUAUUCUACUGCUUACUUGAGCUCAAAGAUCAUUCAUUAUAUGAGGAAAUCCAGAGUUACCUCAAUUCAAAUGAACAUCCAAGAAGAGACCUCUCAUCUUCAAUGUGCACAGUGCUGACCUAUGUACUGCUCAUGUCAGGGAAGGUGCUGAAUGAGUUUAACCCAAAGAGGUUCACGUUGUUAUCUUUAAACUACAGAAGACUCAUUCCAGCUGUGAGAUGCUGUAGAAAAGCCCUUUUUGACAGUUGUGGUUUUGAUGAAACAUGCGGUGAAACUGUUUCUUCUGCUCUACAAGAAACAAACUCUCAUCUGACAGAGCUGGACUUGAGUAACAAUCACCUGCAAGAUUCAGGAGUAAAGCUGAUUUAUGAUGGACUGAAGAGUCCACACUGUCAACUGAACAUACUGAGGCUGUCUGGGUGUCAUCUCACUGCUCAGUCCUGUGAAAGUUUAUCUUCAGCUUUACAGUCAUCAAACUCUGUCCUGAGAGAGCUGGAUCUGAGUAACAAUGACCUGCAGGAUUCUGGAGUGAUGCUUCUUUCUGAUGGACUGAAGAGCCCAAACUCUAAGCUGGAGAUAUUGAGAUUUUCCAUAUGUAAUCUCACUGCUCAGUCUUGUGGGAAUUUAGCAUCAGUUUUGAAAUCCUCAAACUCUGUCCUGAGAGAGCUGAACCUGAGUAACAAUGACCUGCAGGAUUCUGGAGUGAUGCUUCUUUCUGAAGGACUGAAGAGUCCAAAUUGUCAGUUGGAGAAACUGAGGUUGUCUGGCUGUAUGGUGACAGGGAAAGGCUGUCAUAAUGUGUCUUCAGCUCUGACAUCAAACCCCUCACACAUGAGAGAGCUCGAUCUGAGCUACAAUCACCCAGGAGAUUCAGGAGUCAAACUACUCACUGAAAAACUGUUGGAUUCAACCUGCUCACUGGACAAACUCAAUGUGGAUCAUGAAGGAGAAUCCAGGAUUACAGCAGGACUGAAGAAAUAUGCCUGUUUUCUCACACUGGAUCCAAACACAGCACACAAACAACUCAUUCUGUCUGAGGAGAACAGAAAGGUGACGUGUGGGAGAGAGAAUCAGUCAUAUUCUGAUCAUCCAGACAGAUUUGAUGUGUAUCUUCAGGUGUUGUGUAGAGAGAGUGUGUGUGGACGCUGUUACUGGGAGAUUGAGUGGAGUGGAGAUCAUUAUGUGGAUGUAUUAGUGUCAUAUGAGAGUAUCAGCAGGAAGGGACGGGGUGUUGAGUGUAUGUUUGGACAUAAUGAUCAGUCCUGGAGUUUGAUCUGCUCUCCUGACAAAUACUUAUUCACACACAAUAACAUACAGUCUGUUCUCUCUGUGAAGCCCAUCAGUCGUAGAAUAGCAGUGUCUGAUAAUGAUGAUGAUGACUAUAUCAGUAGAAUAGGAGUGUAUGUGGAUGUGAGUGCAGGAACUCUGUCCUUCUACAGCGUCUCUGACACAAUGAGUCUCAUCCACACAGUCCAGACCACAUUCACUCAGCCGCUCUAUCCUGGUUUUUAUGUUGAAUAUGGAUCAUCGGUGAAACUGUGUUGAUGAAUCAGAAUAGACUGAUGAGAGAUUGUACCCAUAAUGCUUUGAGCUGAUGAUGAAUCAGUAAGAGUGAGAUGUUAUUGAGUCUCUUCAUGACAUUAAUACUGCAGCUCAACUUCUGUCACUAAAAUAACAGAAUAAAUGUGUCAGAAAUCACCAUAUAGACAGUAACAUCAGUGUGUGUAUAUUUGUUUUUAUUGUGUCUCAUCAAUCAUUUGUUUUAUUAGUGUCAAAAUGUAAA